AUGGACGAAGACCUUCCCAAGCAAGAAUCCGCCGGCAGACAGCAGAAGCCCCAGUCCCCCAAGGCCACUCGGCGCAGUUUCAGCCCAGAGCAGAAGCCUGGGUCUCCCAGGGCUGAUCGACGCAAUUUCAGCCCAGACCAGAAGCCCAAGUUCCCCAAGAAGGCCAGUGGCAGUGGGCUUGCUGCGGCCAAGGCCAAUGAGAAGCAAAAGAAGCAAAAGCUCAUCGACAAGAGAAAUAAACAGAAUGGGUUUGACGAGGUCCUGGUCUGUGACAUCGACAGACUUUUGAAAUCGAAUGAUUUCCAGGCGGAGGUGAACGUCGACAGCGGGCAUCUGGACCUCCCAGAGAAAUUCACUGAGCUUGAUGUCAAGAUCUCCGAGAUCUCCUCGACAGGCGACGGUCUAGCGCUUGCUGAGAAUGGGAAACAUGUAUACGUCGUUCCUUUCACGGUUCCUGGGGACGUUGCGCGCGUCAAAAUCAUCAAACAUUUUCAGCCUUUGUCAUACAGCUUGACCGAUUUUAUUAAAGUGAUCGAACCCGGUCCCCAGAGAAACGAUGCAGGAAUCGGAUGCAAAUACUUUGGACAAUGUUCUGGAUGUCAGCUUCAGAUGAUGUCCUAUGAGGACCAGCUUGCUCACAAGCGCCGUGUUGUGGAGAAAGCCUUUGCUAAUUUCUCUGGAUUGAUACCGGAGCUUGUCCCUAAUGUUGACCCAACCUUUGCUUCGCCAAAGCAAUACGGAUAUCGCACGAAACUUACUCCGCAUUUCGAGAUCAACCUCAAAGGUCCCAAUGGGAUACCCAGAGCACCCCAGGUUCCCGCAAUUGGAUAUACCUACAAGAACCAACGCAAGGAGAUAGACAUCGAGGAUUGUCCACUAGGAACAGACAUUGUCCGCCGCGGCCUCAAAAGUGAGAGGAAGCGAGUCGCAGGGAACCUCGCGUCCUACAAGCGAGGUGCCACUCUCCUCAUGCGGGAGAAGUCCAUUGGCGAAAUGGCUCGCGCUCGCGAAACGGGCGAUGUCAUCCGCAUCGAGCAUGAAACCUACACCGAGGAAAAGCGUUGCGUCACAGAUAACAAUGCCACUUCCUACGAGUACGUCGACGACUACCUCUUCACGAACAAAGCAGGCGCCUUCUUCCAAAAUAACAACUCGAUCCUCUCCGGCUUCACAGAGUACAUCCGCUCCAAAGCCAUCCCUGCGAAUAACGACAAAGACACAAAGCCAAUCAAGUAUCUCUUGGACGCUUACUCCGGUUCCGGUCUGUUCACAAUCACACUCUCCCCCUUGUUCAAGUCCAGUCUUGGUGUCGAUAUCGGAACCGACUCCAUCGUAUCCGCCCGUCAAAACGUCGUCGAAAACAAGAUCAAGAAUACAGGCUUCGCGGCUGCCGAUGCCACGACUCUCUUCAAGGACGUUCCUUACCCGCCAGACCAGACUUUGCUAGUCAUCGACCCGCCUCGCAAGGGAUGCUCUGAUGACUUCCUGCGUCAAUUGCUUGAUUACAAACCCCGUCGUGUGGUGUAUGUCAGCUGUAACGUGCAUACGCAGGCUCGUGACGUUGCUGUCAUGGUUCAGGGCAAUGAGAAGAAUGACGUCCGCUACGAGAUUGAGAGUAUUCGUGGGUUCGAUUUCUUCCCUCAGACCGGUCAUGUUGAGGGUGUUGCUAUUCUUAACCGUACCUCUUUCCCUAAGGAGGAGAAGGCUUGA